AUGCCGUCUGACCAGCCGGUCGCGGGAGCACCAUUCCAACUCCUUAAGCUGCCGGCAGAAAUGCGCAAUAUGAUCUACCGAUACUGCACACCUGAUGUCACCACGGUCAAGAUCCUGCCUCGAUGCAAAGGUCUCAUCAUGAGCUCGCAUCCGCUGCAUAGGGUCUCUCAUCAAGUUCGACAAGAAUUUGGCGCCGUGCUGGAGAUGGCAUUGCCCAACAACGUCACCAAAAUCACGGCAGACAUUGAAGACAUGACAUUCGAUCCGCUUCGAUUCUUCUUCCAGCGCAUUUCGAAGGAAGCCCCACUGGCCAACAUACGCUUUGGACGAAACCCUGCUGCCGGAAAUACCGUCUUGGUUAUCAACUUCACCAUCUCCAAGAAAUGGUCCGACGACCCCAACCCCCGUUCGCUCAUCCACUGGGCCAAGUUUCUUAAUAAUGAAGUGUCGCGUGGAGCAUCGAUCGCUCCAGACGACAUCACGUACGCGUUCAAAGCAAUCGAGGACGAGGAAAGUGCGGGAAAAGUCCUCGACGGCUGCUUCAUCAGCAACGGCAUCGACUGGUGGGCGCCGGCACGCGAGGCUGCACAGCGCUUCUACUAUAUGGGAACAUCAGAUCGGCGUGAGGCUUCGCAAAUCAUCCGCCAGGCCAAGAGGAACGCGGCACGCCAAGGUCGAGAGGAUGUCGAGAAGUGGAUGCAAGAAUAUGGUACUGGCGACGUCUUCUACCAAACGAUCGCGGACGUCGAAGACCCUUCAACGGAUGGCAAAGUGGCAGAUGCGAUCAUGGACGACCCUACGGAGUACGAGAAAGAGGUGCCGGUGGUGGUCAAGCGAGGCGCCGGGGUCGAAUACACUGAGAGGACGGGCUCGCCGUAUCUGCCAAUGGGCGACAUUCGCAAGGACUUUCGCGCAAUGUCAAGGACGAGAUCAGCUCGCUUGGAGGCUUCAGGUAGUGGCUGGUUGAUUCGGUUCGGUCAGAGGUCUCGUGAGUACGGCUUGGAUUCGCUCUUAUGA